AAGGCUUCUUCCUGUGACCAAUGGACAUAUGCAACGUCACCAUCAUGUGUAUCACGUGCGAUGAGGAAGUUGAGCAGGUGCGCUGAGCAGACAUGCAGAACGCGAACUCUUUCCAAGAGCAAUCCAUUUAAUCUCUCAUUCGUCUGCAAUUUCUCAAACUUACUGAUGCAAUAUAGUUGUGCGUGCAUAUAAAAACCACAACUUUACCAUCAGUAAACUGCUUAAUGAGAUUCAAAGUCUGGGGUGAUUUCUUCAAGUUAGAAGAUAUUUAAACAGUUCUGACCGACUGUCUGCAGGGGUUCGAAUCCACCUGAAUCAGUUUAACAAUUUGAAACCUCAAUUACAAGUGGUCCUUCGAGCCGGAGCUCGAAUUACUGCAGAGAAUGACAUCCCAGACAGGGCCUCCAGUGGUCCGCCCCAGACGACAUGUAAAGCCACCUGCAUAUCUAGCAGACUUCCAAGUACAAAGGCCUGGAUCUGAGAGGAGAUCCCAGCAAUCUGCAUGUUCCAGCGAUGAUGAAGCUAAGGCUGUCGAUCCCCCGCUGUCUUCAGAGUGUGAGUCCGGUGUCUCUACACCUAUAAGUCAGCGUCCACCCCUCAGUGAUCUGGUGCUACUGGAUGAAUGGCAAGAUAUAAGAGGAGACUUGCAGAGAGAGAAGGAAGGACUGCAUCCUCAGGCUCGACAGUCUGCCUGGGAGGACCUGCAGAAGGAGAAUGAUGAUCUUCGCAGCUGCAUUCAACAACUGCCAGAGAUUUUAAGUGCAUUGCAAGGUCUUAAAGCAGAGAAUGCCUUCAUGAAACGAGAAAUACAGCAGUUAGCCACUACUGUGGCCAACCCACACAAAUUAAUGUCUCCCAUACCACCUCCUCAAUUCCAUGAGCCAGAAACAUGUCAUAGCCAGCCAGUACCCAUCACAAAAAGCAGAGACUUCCACGAGAACCCCUCUGCCCAGAUCAGGCAGCUAACAGAUCAGGUGAGGGACUGUGACAUUUCAUCCAUACCUGAUAAUCAGCCUGAAGCUAUGCCAAGGUAUCGUACCCCUGCUCAGAGAGUGAAUACUCCUCCUCAUGCUCAGGCUUAUCCAUAUGCUGAACCUAUCCAGGCUGAUAAGAAGGUCUUAAGAGACCCCUAUUAUUCGUCCUUGGAUGUCAAAGAGUCCUAUCCUGCACGACGCUCUGAGGACAUUCCCAAAUCUGCAGCACCAUGCUUCCAGGAGAGAACAUACAGAGGACCUAAGCCUUCUAUACCCUCAUUCACAACACCAGAUCCAAGAGAGUUUUCAAGAUUGCGCAUGGCAUUAGAGAACCUCCUCCCUGCCGACGCCACCGAACGCUUCAAGUAUCAGAUACUUACAGAUCAUUUACAAUUAGAGGAGGCACUACUAGUGGCAGAUUCCUAUUGCAAUUCAACACACCCUUAUACAGACACUAUGCAAGCUCUCAUUAAGAUGUAUGGACAACCACACAAACUGGUCCUGCAGAACAUUGCUGAAGUAAUGGAUGGCUCAAACAUUAGAACAGGAGACGUGAAAGCUUUUAAGCUGUUUGCCCUUCGUGUGCGUUCUCUAGUGAGCAUGCUGGAACAACUGGGAGCAGAAGGAACGGUUGAGUUGGACUGUGGUUCACAUGUGUCACGACUUCAAAGUAAACUACCUCAUGAGCUGAGAACUAGCUUCAAAAGAUACAUCCACCCAUUGAGGGUAGCCAUACCAACUCUCCUUGAUUUUUCUAACUGGUUGGAGUACGAGCUCCAAGUACAAGAUGAUGGCUCCAGGAUUACAGGUCUUCCACCAGAACCCAUCAUUAAGAAAAGGCAGGACCGCCGUGACCCAAGAGCUUCAAGGAAACCAACCUCCAUUUUGCUGGGCACGGAGAAAUCCAUGACUGGGGGUGAAUUCCAAUUACCGACUCCAGAUGUGAAGAUUAAAUCUGCCAGAUUCAAAGGAAGACUGCAUGCAUAUUGUCCUUACUGUGACAAUAACAAUCAUUUCUUGAAUGGGUGUGACAAUUUCAAGGAGCUCACAAAGGAACAGAAGGAAUCUUGGAUCCGUAAAAACAAUCGAUGCUGGUGCUGUGGACGGAGUCAUCACGCUUCAAAAUGCAACCUGAAAUCCCCCUGUAAGACAUGCCAUAGGAAACACCUCCUUAUCCUGCAUGAUGUAAAUGAACGGAUUGUUGCUAACGAAUCUGAAAUGGACACUAAAGAAAACUCCUGUCUGGUUAACACCACCAAAGAUGUCUUGUAUGUGGAUCGCCCAGUUUACAGCCGCAAGGUUCUCUUAAAGGUGAGCAAAGUUAUCAUUACCAAUGGGGACAAAUCUAUUGAGGCAUAUGCCGUGUUAGACGAUGGGUCGGAGAGGACCAUACUGCUCCACACAGCAGCACAGCAGUUAAAUUUGAAAGGGCAGCCUGAAGACCUAAUACUGCGGACGGUGAGACAGGACCAACAGGUUCUUCACGGGGCGGCAGUCUCAUUUACUGUAUCUCCUGUCACUAACCGACACAAGAAAUUCCACAUUCAAGGUGCCUUUACGGCCGAAAGGCUUGGUCUAGCUGAGCAAACUCACAAUGUUACAUCCCUCCAGAAGAAGUACAAACACUUAGUUGGACUGCCUUUGCAACAAAUAGAUCGAGUACAGCCUGUACUACUAAUUGGCUCCGAUUGUCCACACCUUGUCACCCCAAUUGAGCCUGUUCACCUAGGCCCUCCAGGUGGACCUGCUGCAGUUCGAACUAGGCUAGGCUGGACUCUACAAGGCCCUACACACGAGAUCAGACAAAGACUCAACACUCACCAAUGCCUCUUUACUGCCAUCUCCCCCAAUGCUGAUCUGUUUGCCCAAGUGGAAAAGCUAUGGCAGAUGGAUGUAAUUCCGUACCGCAGUGAGAAAGUAGUGACGAGGUCAAAACUUGAUCAAGAGGCCAUCAGACUCUUGCAAGAGAAAACAGUGAGAGUUAAUGUGGAUGGUGUCAUGCGUUAUGCUACCCCGCUCCUUCGCAUACAACACAUGCCCACUCUGCACAUGCCAAAGGAAGCUGUUGUGCCGCAGUUAAGAAGCAUUGAGCGGAAGUUGAUGAAAAACCCUGAUCAGGCCUGUGCUUAUAAAACUGAGAUUGAGAGACUCAAGAAUGCUAGCUAUGUAGAGAAACUGCAACCAUGCGAGGCUGAGAGAUCACACGAAUCAUGGUACAUCCCUCACCAUAUGGUCACUCACAACGGCAAGAAUAGAGUUGUUUACAACUGCUCAUUUCAAUAUGAGGGCCAGAAUUUGAACAAGCUGCUUCUUCCAGGUCCCACCUUAAGUCCCAGCCUGUUAGCAGUGCUACUACGUUUUCGUGAGCAUUCCACAGCCUUAAGCAGUGAUAUCCGGGGGAUGUUUCAUCAGGUGAGGCUGCUCCCUGAUGACAAACCUUUACUACGGUUCCUGUGGAGAGACAUGACCUUAGAACAAGCACCAGAUGUGUACCAGUGGCAAGUGCUUCCCUUUGGGACUACUUGUAGUCCCUGUUGUGCCACGUUCGCCCUGCAAAAGCAUGUGCUGGACCACACUCAACCAGGAGAAGAGGUGAGAGAAGUCAUUGAAAAGUCGUUCUAUGUUGACAAUUGUCUCCACAGCCUCCCCUCCAAAGAUGCCGCCAAAGAUCUUGUCGAUCGACUCUAUGCCUUACUAAAUGAAGGAGGCUUUGAAUUGCGACAGUGGGCCAGUAAUUGCCCGGCAGUGGUUUCUCACCUUCCCUCCGAUACAAGAUCGAACAGCUGUGAGCUCUGGCUUAGUCAGGGACUGCAAGAUACUCAUGAAUCUACCCUUGGACUGCUCUGGCAUUGUCAGUCAGACACUUUGCAUUACAAGCACAGGAUAGUGAACAGUACUAAAGUAACAAUGCGCAGCAUAUAUCGAGUCCUGGCCAGCCAAUACGAUCCCCUCGGCUAUAUUAUUCCAUACACCACUCGAGCGAAGAUGCUGGUGCAGCGCCUAUGGGAUAAAAAGCGUGACUGGGAUGACCCAGAACUGCCUGAAGAUCUGCUCCGCUUAUGGAGUUCAUGGGAGAAAGAACUGAGAGAUCUGAAAAAGAUCUCACUACCAAGAUGCUAUUCCAGUCCAGACUUGGAUCUGCCAACUAGCAGACGUGAUAUACACAUAUUCUGUGAUGCAUCGGAGCAGGCCUAUGGAUCCGUGGCCUAUUUGCGGACAGAAAAUGCCGAAGGCCAAGUUGAAGUUGCAUUUCUAGCAGCCAGAUCAAGGGUUGCCCCCCGAAAGCAGCAGUCUAUACCUCGCCUCGAACUAUGCGCAGCUCUGAGUGGUGCCCAGCUCUCCAAUGUCCUUAUCACAGAACUCACUAUCCCCAUUGGUUCCGUAACACUCUGGUCAGAUUCUAUGACAGUACUUACCUGGCUGUUGUCAAGUUCUUGUCGUUACAAGGUGUUCGUGGGAACUCGGGUGGCGGAAAUACAAGAACUCACAGCAUCUGCAACUUGGCGUUACAUACGAUCCGAAGAUAAUCCUGCGGACAGCAUCACAAGAGGUAAACGCCUGUGUGACCUAGUAAAAGGAAGCCAGUGGAAUCAAGGUCCUUCAUUUCUCAAACUGCCACCAGCAAAUUGGCCCAAGCUACCUUUCUCGCCUGUUGAAGAACAGAGUAGUGAGUUAAGGCAGUCUGUAUUUUGUGGAUCGACUACAGUUGUACCUUUGCCAAAUCCACAGCAGUAUGACACACUGGCGGAGUUCAUAAAGGCAUGCAGUCAGCAGCUUCACGGGGCGGCAAGCAUUACAUGCGCUGACAAACUGAGAGAAGUAGAACAAACAGUGCUUCGUCAAAUGCAGACCGAGUCCUUCCCUACCGAGAUGGUCCAACUGAAGUCUGGGAAACCAGUAUCUGGUACGAGCAGGUUGGCUUCUCUCUCUCCUGAGUUUGACCCCACCAGUGGUCUUAUACGUGUAGGAGGACGCCUAAGACGCUGCAGUGAGGCAGAAUUGGAUUCUGUUCAUCCCAUCGUCCUUGCUCCUCAACAUCCUGUGACCAAACUCAUUAUCAAGGAUUAUGAUAAGAAGCUGCACCACCCUGGGCCAGAACGAGUGUUCGCAGAGUUAAGGAGGACUUACUGGGUAUUGCGAGGCCGCGAAGCGGUACGCCGACACCAACAUCAAUGUGGAGAGUGUCGAAAAUGGAAGGGACAGCCAGAAGUUCCUCGAAUGGCUGAUUUACCACUUGUAAGACAACAGCUCUUUAAGCCUGCCUUCUUCUCAACUGGCAUGGACUGUUUCGGACCCUACAUAAUUAAGAUUGGACGCCGAAAUGAGAAGAGGUGGGGCAUAUUAUUUAAGUGCCUUACAACCAGGGCUGUGCAUAUAGAUCUGUUGAUGAGCAUAGAUUCAGACUCCUUCUUAAUGGCCCUGAGACGCUUCAUCGCUCGACGUGGGAAGCCUAACGAGUUGUUAAGUGAUCAAGGCACUAACUUCAAAGGUGGAGAAAGAGAGCUGAAUGAGUCCUUUGCUGCUUUGCAUGAGGAGCUACAAGUCCACCUUGCUUCCCAGCAAAUCAAGUUUGUCUUCAAUCCACCAGGAGCUCCCCACUUUGGUGGAUGCUGGGAAAGGGAGAUACGUUCAAUUAAAGCUGCUCUGAAAGUGACCUUGGGUGCGCAGACUGUCACAGAAGAAGUUUUGAGAACAGUGUUAACUGAAAUUGAGGGGAUCCUCAACUCAAAACCUCUCGGCUACACAUCAUCUGACAUCUCUGACAUUGACCCAAUCACCCCCAACUGCUUCAUUAUUGGACGCAGAGAUGCCUCCUUGCCCCAAGUGGUGUACCAAGACUCUGGAGUGCUAAGUCGACGCCGCUGGAGACACAGCCAACUGUUGGCCGACCAUUUCUGGAGGCAUUUUAUUAAAUACUAUCUGCCCAGUCUCCAAGUUCGACAGAAAUGGAAGUCAGAAAAGAGAAAUCUACAAAUUGGUGAUAUAGUGAUGAUUGUAGACUCUCAGCUCCCUCGAGCGUUGUGGCCAGUGGGGAAAAUCACAGAAGUGCACCCAGGAGCAGAUGACAGAGUCAGGUCAGCCACUGUGCAAGUUGAGAAAAGAAUGUAUACUCGACCUGUUGCUCGCCUCGUCAAGCUACCAGCCCUAUCUGAUGAAGAGUGAUCCACAUGAUGAAUAAGUUCCUUUGUCGAGAUGUACAAAUUCAAUCAUUGAAUUCGGGGGCGGCUGUUCAAAAGGCUUCUUCCUGUGACCAAUGGACAUAUGCAACGUCACCAUCAUGUGUAUCACGUGCGAUGAGGAAGUUGAGCAGGUGCGCUGAGCAGACAUGCAGAACGCGAACUCUUUCCAAGAGCAAUCCAUUUAAUCUCUCAUUCGUCUGCAAUUUCUCAAACUUACUGAUGCAAUAUAGUUGUGCGUGCAUAUAAAGUAAGUGUAUCUUAUUGUUCUUUAUUUAAAUCAGCCGAUUGUUUGAUCCCGCGAGUGAGAUUCAUCUAGCGCUACUGCGCCAUGUGUAUAUGUGUUUAUAACAAUAUAUAUAUAGUUGAUUUGUCACCAUUAAGCUUGCUUUCAUGUUCAUUAUAUCUGAUGCAAGUAAUGUCAAGUAUUUACUGUGAGAUAUGUUAAUGUUUUAUCGAGUUAUUUCGAGACUAAUGUCUUGCCGUUUACAAUACACUAAAUGUGUGCCUCAGUCACGUCUAGUGCAGUAAUAGCGCCACCUUGUGGGCUGUCAUAGAACGACUGCUCUAGUUAAAUGCACAGGCAUUUUCCACUGCUUUAAUUUGUGAUUCAAUUUUAUAUUUAAAAGGAUUGCUAUUGUGUAAUUGUUUGUAAAUGUUAUUUUAAUAAUUAUUCAUGUAUAUUUAUUUUAUAUUCUG